GCAGUUUGUUAGGGAAUAAAAUAAGAAAAGUUAUGGUCUAAGAAUUAGUGUAUUUUGCUCAAUUUUCAGCAACCACUUACAACCCCUUGUAAGAGUAACGGAAAGAAAAACUUUAAAUUGGCAUAAAAACUUUGAACUUUUGCAAAAAGGGCGAGGGGUUCAAUGAGGGAGUUAGUUGGGUCAACGGCAGCCCAUUAAAUAGAUUGAUGACCAGGCCAACCAACUUGGGAACUAUGUCAAUUGCGACAGUAAACUGACAGAAAGAAGGUUACAAGUUGCACCCAAGCAAGCGGGGUAAAUAAAAUCAGAAUUGCCAAGUAAAAUCUUUUACUUUCAUACAAAAAUGGUCGAGGAGGUGGAGACGAUCACUGGCUUUGCGCCCCGAUAUUUUGUGUCGCUGCCCCGGAAGAUCAAGAAGCUUUUGGUAUAUCGCUUCCUAUUUGCCACUUUACUGUGCUCGUGGUUGGAUUAUCAGCUGCUGGCGAUUUUUUUGUGCAUAAAUCUAUUUGAGGUGAGGCGACCGCUGGAUUCCCUUAAUGAUAUCUUGAACUGGACUCUGUUUUCGGUUUACACCGCUACAGUUAUGUUGCUCAUACGAUUGAGCAUAGUUCUUUAUGGAUUGAUAUUGUGCCACGUCCAUUAUGCCAUUCCCCAAUGCUAUCCCAACAGAAUGGCCAGGAUAGUGUCCGAGUUUCCUCAACAUUUUUGCCUACUUUCAUCGAUACUCUCAAUAACUACCGCCAGCAGCUGGCUGUAUGCAUCCUUUGUGGAGUUUAUUGAUAAAAAUUACUUGUUAGGAGGGUCUUGGUAUUAUCUUAUGACCUUCGGUUGCUUCAUUGGGAUUUCCUACUUCCAUAAGCAUCACGGAAGGUGCCUGACAAGAUUUUCAUUGCCCAUAGUUUAUCUGGAUAUGAAAGAAUGUCUCCUGCGAAUGUGGCUAUGUCAAUUGAAAAGUUCUGGAAAACAAGCUAUCGUACCAACAUUAUUAUUUGCCCUGAUUUACUGGCCAUCAAUGGGCUACUGGGAAUCUACAGUAUUCGAUGGACUCGCUACUGGAGUUCAAGUGAUUAUAACUCAACCAACGCGACUUUUUCAAGGUUGGUUGCUAUCCACCUUGACCCUUGCCAAAUUAUGCCUAGUUCGGGAGGUCUAUGGCCUAAUAAUGCAACGAAAAUUAUCUUUAGUUAAUGAUUCAAGACGCCUGCACGAGUUUUUAAAUCCUAACCUAUUUACGCUUAUUUUGGAGCGAUGGAAAAACUUCACAUGCAUAAUGCGAAUGAAACCGAUGGCAAGCAAUAAACCGGGCAAUAACUUCUGCCUCCCGGUUUCCAUGGCUCUGGAUACUCCUGAAAUAUAUGGCUUUCAAUUACUGGCAGCCCGCGAUUUUUAUGUCGCAAUGUCGGGAAGUUUAUGCAGCGAGUUAUACAAAAUCAAAUGCUCAACUAUAAAUCGCAAAUGGACUGAGCUACGCGACGUUAUACUGGGUUCGGCAAAUGAAUUUCUGGCCGGUAUGGAUUCAUGUUUGGAGUCGACUCCUCGCAUUAAGAUUUCCCAUUUACUAAAGACUAAAGCGCCGCAAAAGCCUGGACUUCGUUUCUUGGUAAAGCCGCCCACACGCCAAUUACCACUUCGAUGUCGAGGUCAUCCAAACUGUCAGGUACUAGAGCAAACUUGGUGUUUUUGUAAUCUUCAACAAUAUUUUCUCAAGAGAGUGUUUUACUAUUGGAAUCGUAUUUGGUCUCGAAUGCCAGUAGUUCUUCAGUGGUAUUGUUUUCUCCACGAUCCAGUUCCUUUGGCCAAACUUAACCAUGUGUUGAAAUGUGCAGAGCCUCUAGUUUGGUCCCUUCAAGGACUUGUUUGCAUUUGCGUAAGAUCCGCUAAAGAAGACACAUUUGGCUACAUCCAGAGCGAUUUAGAGAGCAUUUUGAAAUGUUUAUUAAAUGUGCAAGAGAAGUUGAUCAGUGCCGAGGAGAUGCAGAUGAGGGAGCUGGGAAAGCUUUGCUCCAGUCAUGAUCUUUUAUUGAAGGCCAUAAACCGUUGUUUAUACAAAAUGCUGUUUGUUUUUGGUCCAUAUGUCGAUUUUCUUCUGUACGACAAGCAUUUGAAUGAAAAAGUCAAAAGCAGAAUGGACUUGCUGCCCUAAGUUUGUUAUGUUUCUUUUACGAAAACCGAUUUCAACAAUUAAAAUUAAUAACGUUUAAAAGUUUUCCGCAAAAAAAACUACUUUUUACUUCAAAACAAAACCUUUAAAACUUCUUUAGCUCCAGCAAUCAUCUCCACAUUAAUUCUUUUUUUUUUUGUCGCACUUGCCACGCACUUUUCACUUUUCCACGCCUUUUCUGCUCUCCAAUCUUCUCUUUUCUCCUUUUCUUUCCUUAUCAAUAAAACGCUGCUGCAUUGUUUGCUGGCUAAGUGGACAAAACACACACACGCACAAAUGGCAGGGAAAGGAACAAAGGAAGAGCUCAAAGAGAGUGGCGAACAAUUGAAUUUUCUACUUGUGCUUCUUCUUACUCCUCCACUUUUGCUUUGACUAUUUUUUUUAUUCGUUCGGAUUCUCCUUAUUGCACCUCCCACGCUGUGUUAUCCCCUUAUCUCUCCCCUCCCUCCUCCUUCUCCUUUUGAUUGCCAUUUGCCUUUGUGGUCGUCCGUAUCAUGUAAACGCUUUGUGUGCAAAAUAGAAAAUGCGAAAAACAACAACAGAAAACAAACUGCGAGCAAAAUAGAGAAAUGAAAAGAUCUCAACAAGUUUGCCGUUAGUCGAGCUAAGCAGAUUUACUUGUUUGAGAGCGUUUUGCGAUUGCCAUUUUGCAAUGAUUUAAGAAGGGGUCGAAAGGAGAGCUGCAAAGGAGGGGUAAAAGGGGUCAUGAGCAAGUGCAGAGGCCAAAAAGCAUAAUUGCCCAGUUGCACUCAAAUGAAUCUCCAUUGAAAACCCCCACUCACCAAUCAAGGGUUAAAGUGUGGGCUGCACAAGAAGCGGCAUCAAAUGUACACAGUGCAUAACAAAAAUAGUUUUUAACGAUUAUAACAAAGUAACAAUAAAGCUACAUAAAUUAGGAUUGGGAUUUUGUCCCUGAAAAAGUUUUUUUCGGUUUUUCUUCUAAUUUGGCUAGGUAUUAAAAUAUUUACCUAAUUUCUAUCCUAAUUGGCGUAUUAACAUAGAUGUGCAACUUGUGACCAUACAAGUUUUUAUUUCAUAAUUCCUCGACAUUUUAAAUUUAAUUCCUAUCAUACAAUGAUAAGAAAAAUUCUGUUUUCAAUUUGCUUUCGACCACUGUAAAUAAAAAAUGUGAAGCAACGAUAAACUAUUUGUGGUCUUUAUCAGCGGCUUGUCUUUAAUAAAAAACAGAAGAACAAAUUGUGGCAAAAGGGGAAGAAGUUGCAGAGACAGAAAACAGACGGCAGCAAUGUUAAUUGAAGGGUUUUUAUUUUUUUGGGAGUAAGAAAACUUCACUGCAACAGAUAAGCAACAAAUACAAAAAGUAAAAACAAAUUUUGUGGCUUGAACUUCAAAGCACACGAAGCGUCGAAAAAAGGAAGGGGUGUGUGGGGGGGAUGGUUAAUAAACAAGCCACCAAAAGGUAAAUAAAUAAGCACAAAAUGCCGAAAAUAGCGCUCAGGGAAUAAAUACAGUAGGACAGAGCGAGAGGGAGAGAACGAACAGCAGCUGCGCCGACGCCUGCUGCUCUUCAACUUCUUCUUCUUCGUCGUCUACCCCCUCGCUCCAAUGCUCUCCUCCUCCUCUUGUUCUCCACAAAUUAAAGGCAAUUACAAUAACAACAACAACAACCAGAAAUGCUCUUUGACUUUUUACAGCAGCCGGAGCAAUGAAUAAAUAAAUACAGUGCACCCUCUUUGCAGUGAACAUAAGUUUUUCGUUUUUAUUAUUAAGUUAUUAGUUUAUAUUCAUAAUUACUGCCAAUGACAUAAUUUUUUAAAAUGUAAUAAUUUUUCAUUCAAAACUUGUAUAGUAUUUACUCCAUCGAGAAUCCACUGUAAAGUUUAUCAGCAGCAAAUGAAUAAAUAGAAAUGCAGCGGGAGAGCAAAUCUGGCUCUCACUCUUCUUUUUUUUAGUUUUCGUGUUUACUUAUUUGCGUUCAUUGGCUUCUCAUCUUAACGGCACUUUGGGCCAAGGAGGUGCGAAUGAAAAGGAGCUAUAAU